AUGUCUUCCAAUACCGCUUCGCGGAAGUUCAAGGGAAUUUGUCUUACCAACGACAAUUCCAUUCUGUUGACUGGCUACGCAAACGAUACGCUUGACAAGAAGGCUAUCACUUACAAGGUCAACCUUCCGUACCUUUUUACAAUGGUCCACCAACGGGCCGAAGAGGUCAAUAAAAUGGUCUCCACGCUCAACGAUCUGAAAAUGGAGCACAUUGGAGACGAUUCCCGAUUUGAUGAGAUUAUCGCCUAUGUGUAUCGGGACAACCCCAUUCCUGUUCUGACGAUCGAGACCGCACCCAACCUUCUCGCCACCGAGCUCAACGGAUCUCUUCGCGAUGUUCUUGGAGAGCCAUUCACUUGGGUGAUUUCUGCUGCAAUUCUCAUGUUGACUCUGCGCUACAUUAAAGAUUCUGGCCGUCAAUCUCUCGACUUGGAAUCCAUUGGAUUUGGUUUCUGGCAUGGCGCGUUGGAGGAGCAUGCGGGAGUUUCGGUGGGGGGAUUCAUAGUUGCUUAUGGAGUUUGA